GGUAGUUGCCACUUAUUUAGAAUUCCCGAAAGAUGGCGGCGGCGCCUCCAGAUGAGGCUACCCUGCAGUCCCACAUCAGUAAGUCAUCUUCCUCAGAUAAAAUUGAUAAUUUUGUUGGACAUUGAGCGGUGGGCUUUAAGGCUUUGCGCGGAUAGGGGGCUAUUUUAUCGGUUAAACCUGAGACUGGCGCCGUUGAGCCCCCUCUCGGGAGUGGAUUUUUGGGAGUCAGGAGAGCGAAUGACAUGAAAUCCAAAGUACAGGUAUCGAUACGGGACUGACGGGCACCUGAGAUCUAUGCGGAAUAUAAUACUUGCUAAUAGUUUAAGAUUUAUUAGUCCUCUCGAGAUGACAUUUCAAUAUUAGAGUAAUAUCCGACUGAGUGUUAGCAAAAUCCACUAGCCUGUUCGCUCCGUUCCCUGAAGGACUGUGGAAGUCAGAAAAUCAAACCAGGACCCUCAUAGUGCCACAGACAUGACCAGAGACAAGAGCAUUAAUAUUAAACAUAAUACAGAAAUCUAAAGGUUAAAGACAGGAAAGUAAGAGAGAAGGAGGUUUAACAUUCCUGCUACUGUAAAGUCCUGGUCUGAGGUUUUUACCACCUUCAUCCACAAACAUAGAAAAUACCCAAAUCAGUAGGGGAGAGUGGGUUAAGAUGAGACAUUUUUCACAUUUAGGAUCACUACAUUAAGGCAAUCAUAGUUUUGUCUCUAACUAGUGUAUCGGCAUAUAUCUCAAUAUGUUAUGCAUCCCUGCAAACCAACAGAAUGAGUGUAAACAUAACUGUCUUGAUAAUAUAGCAUGACAAAAAAAAAUUAUCCUGUGUAUGGGGUAAGUUGACCAUAGGAGCGGGGUAAGUUGAGCCGUAUCCCUACUGCCCCUCCACUCUCCACCCCAGCCCUCCCUCACCUUCUCUCUCCCUAAAUAACAGUCACUUCUUCACAUUCAUGUGUAUUUUUAUCUAUUAUACGGUUUUCAACUGGCACAAUAAUUCUUUUUAUUAUUAUUGCAUAUAACUACUAAAAAGCCGUUUUGUAAAAAGUCAUUUUAACAUGAGAAUGUCUUUAAGUGAUUCAGAACAUUCACAGCUGUAUUUUAGAAAAGAGAAAGUCAAACAUUUCAACAAUCUGAACUGAAACUCUGAUCCUCUUAUCACUUAUUUACUUUCUCAGUUACCCCUGAACGACUAUUUUGACUUUAUUUGUCCUCUAAGCUAAAAUGGUGGACUUUUAGGUUUUUGGCCUCAUGUUGUAGCUCAUAGAUACCAAAAUUGAUGUAUAAAACAAUUAAGAAUUAUCUUUUUUGGUUUGAACAUAUGUGUCGAACCCCUUCACCCGUGUGCUUCUAACCUUCACAGACUCCAUGAAUUGAUUCCCAUCUCCUAAAUAUUUGGUCUCGUGAUCAAUUACUUUUACCAUUUCUAAGCUACAGGGGGUGGCUCAACUUACCCUUCGGCUCAACUUACCCCACUCUCCCCUACUGUCAGGCUGUCAAUGUUGUAAAAGAAAAGUAAAAGAAAAAUACUAAUCCACAAGGGGAACUGAAGCUUUUUCUUCAUAGAAGAUGGUGAAAGGGUUUUAUUUUCAUUUUAAUUUUCACAGAUAAGGCCACCAACCCCCAGAAUAAAACAACUGACUGGGACAGUAUCCAGGGAUUUUGUGAUCAGCUUAACAAUGAACCAGAAGGGUGAGCUGAUGUUGAAAAUUAUUACACUAUUUUGAAGCUGAUGUGUCUCUUAAUCUUCAAAUGAAUAAAACUUUUUUCAGUUUGACAGUUUCUUCAUCUCUGUAACAUACAUGAUCAAAAGCUGCUUACUGCUAUAACAUAUAAAUGUCUGUCUUACUUUGUGUGUUACUUCACAUUUGGAAGAAUAAUCAGUUAUUUUCUGGAUCAAAUUCAAACAAGUGAAUCUGAACUUGUUGUUUGUUGGUUAGAUGAAAUGCAGUUUGUGUGAUUGUCUGUUUCUAUCAGUCCCCAGCUUGGAACCAGACUACUGGCCCACAAAAUCCAGUCUCCCCAGGAGUGGGAGGCUAUGCAGGCACUUACGGUAAACAUUUCAGCGUUUCCAUGAUUUCUCCAGCACUGAGAUCUGUAAAAUGCUAAAGUAAAGGCUACUUGUGAUAAUAUCAACACUGCAGACUUUUUAAGAUCUUUUGAAGUUAAAUAAUUACGAACCUUUUGCAGGUUCUUGAGACAUGCAUGAAAAACUGUGGGAAGCGGUUUCACACUGAAGUGGGAAAGUUUCGCUUUCUCAAUGAGCUCAUCAAGGUUGUCUCACCGAAGGUAAUGAUCCCUGUAUUUCAUGUAGUCAUCUCAGUUCAGGUGCAAGUGUACAGCUAAGAUCAUGUUUCUUUCUAACCAGUGAAAGCUGCCAUGACAUGACUUGUCGGAACUUGUAAGGAUUAUCCAAAAGAGUAAAUCAAAUGACUGUCAUCCUGCAUUGAUCCUCUCUUUUGUAGUAUUUGGGCGCCCGGGCUCCAGAGCCAGUGAAGAAGAAAGUGCUGGAAAUGGUGUACAGCUGGACUCUGAGUCUGCCAGAUGAGACCAAGAUAGCGGAAGCCUAUCAGAUGCUGAAAAAACAGGGUGAGUCACUUCACAAGCUUGACCAACCAUCAAGAUAAAAGGCUUUUCAAGUUUCCUGAGCUUUAGUUUCUCAUUGUCUCCAUAAAGUGAGGUGCAUGACGUGUUGUUCCAUACAUCAUCUUAACAGCAAGUAAUGAGUGUGUCGUUCUGUAGAUUUUAUUAACAGCAGUUAAUAAAUGUCAUGUUUUUAGUUUCCUUUUUUUCACUGAUCAUGGGUUUGGUUCCUGAUACUGUUUUAGUUUAACGAAUAAUGUUACAUACAAGGUAGUAUCACUUCUCCUUUCUAUGGGGAUGAGCCACAAGCAUGAGACGGAAAUUCAUAGUCACGCUUGUGCGAUUUAUAAAAUGUGCUUUCCAUCAAGUUUAAUCUUAUUCCCAGGAGCAUAUUUCAGCCAGUCUGUUCUAUAACGGUUUGUGUAUCAUCUGUAUUUGUCUAAAAUUAUUGUCUUCCUUGGAUAAAAUCAGCUGACCCCUUUCUUAGAAUAUUCCAGCAUCAGGGGAAAGUAUAGAUGGACAGAACUCUAGGCUGUCACAGGUGAACUAGAGUAUGAAACGGGGAAAUACAUUCAGUAAAAAUAAACAUAGAGGAUCUGUUCUGUUGACAUACAGGGUUAAAGGAGUCCUUGUUGUCUUCCAGGCAUUGUCAAGCUGGAUCCUGUGCUUCCUGAAGACAAGCCCCUCCCACCUCCUCCACCCAGAGCCAAGAGUGCCGUCUUUGAGGAUGAAGAAAAGUCAAAGGUAAGACGCAUGAAAGAUGAUGAAGAUGCAUCAGUCUCUUGGAGUGAGUUUGGCAAAAAGAGAAGGACGCGUGUUUCUCAUCACCAUCGCUUCAGAUUUGUUAGAAAAUCUAAUUCUGUGAAGUGUACCCCCCAGAGAAAAUAACGAAGCACACCAACAGUUUACAAAGCUCUUUUCCUCUCCCUCUUCUGUCCUAUCCUGUUUUUGUAGACGCUGUCUCGCUUAUUGAACAGCACUCACCCCGAAGAUUUAAGAGCAGCAAACAAACUCAUUAAGGAAAUGGUGCAGGAGGUACGUCAUUGGUUUUGCUUACCAAAUAUCCUGUACAGUAUACUCUCACAUGCAUGUGUGCACUACUUUAAUGAAAUAUAUACUGUAUUAUAAAUGAUCACUUUGAUAAAAGCCCCAAAAAGCAGGUUUAGGGAGUUUAAAGGUUUGACAGAUGUGAUUGAAGGUUGUUCUCAGUCCCCAGAAACAUAAACAGCAAAUACAGAAAACAAAUGAUCUUGUCAGAUGGAAAAAAGCAUUGUUUGGAAAAACCACAGACCUGGCUUUAAGUAAAGACUGUUCUUCUGAAGCCCAAAAAAAGAGAAAAUACAAAUGAAUAUAAAAAACAACAACAUGAAAAGCGUAUACACUGCUUUAACCAUCAAAUAGAUGUAAACAGACAGAUGCAACUAGGAAAACCUAUUUUUUUCACAUUUAAGUGACAUGUUUGAAGAUACAUCUGUAGUGGAGAUGUUAAUUUAUUUCAGUAAACACUUCUUGUUUAUUUAAAAUGAUAUAAAACCCACAAAAAUUCACAUAUUUUGAUAGAUUCACAUAUUCUACCAAUCACCGUAAUACAUACAAGCAUUUUCUGUGCUGUAAACUUUACUGCUAUAAUAUUGUUUAUGAUUAAAACACUUCAGUGAACAUUUUUAGCCAAGCAGAAAAAAAUAUAUAUAUAUUUGGGUAUGUUAUUGAUGAGAUGUUUUUGUUCUUUUCCCAGGACCAAAAGCGCGUGGAGAAGGUUUCAAAGCGAGUAAAUGCCAUCCAGGAAGUGAAGGAAAGUGUCAGCCUGCUGAGCCAGCUGCUGGAGGGCUACAACAAGGAGAGCUGCUCCCAGAGCAACCAGGAGCUCAUUAAGGUCAGUACAGCUCAGCACGGUCGGACCAGGGUCACUAACAGUCUCAUAAAUCUGCUCAUGCCUCUCAGUUCUGUGUUGUUUGACGAGUGUCUGUCUGCAGGAUCUGUACCAGCGCUGUGAAAAGAUGAGACCCACGCUCUUCCGACUGGCAAGUGAUACAGAGGACAAUGAUGAGGCCCUGGGUAUUUUUUCUGAUCUUAUUGCUCCGCAGACAUUAUUUUUAUGAGCCUGUUCCACAUGCUGAUAUUCAGGAGGUUAAAGGGAUGUUCCACUGUGAAAUUAAGUUAGGGUCAAACAUACCGUAACACCGAUUUAGACAACCCCUCAAAAGAUGAAUGUUGCCAACCGCUUGCUUCUCUAGUUAUACCAACUUCAACAACGACCUCACAAUAGCAAUAUACAGCGGUCUACUCACCCACUCUCCUCCAGCACCCGUUUGUUUAUACAGAGACCUCUAGGCGAGUCCAUCGACUGCAGCGGGGUUUCGCAGCUCAAGGAAGAGCAUUUAUGAUCAUUUCUUUAUCAUUUCCUUGAAGUAAUAAUCACCAUAUUAAUCAUUUUGCACUGCAGAUGCAGUAGUUCUCCUGCCUCAGACUCUCGGUCUGAUUGCAUUUUCAUGAAGUAAUGAUCAUAAAUGUUCUUCCUUGAGCUGCGAAACUCCGCUGCACUCAGUGAUCGAAUCGUCAGGGCUCCCCCCACAAACAAAUGAAGUUAGGUGCUGUUCUGAGCAUUAUUUGUGGCUAUAGAGUGGUGUUUUGGUUGAGGUUUAAGCGUUGAGAUGUAGACCACUGUGUAUUGCUAUCGUGCGGUCAUUACUAAAGUUGGUAUAACUAGAGAAGCAAGCAGUCUGCAACAUUCAUCUCUUGAGGGGGUGUCUAACUCCGUGUUACGGUGUGUUUGACUAAACUUAAUUUUACGCAGGAAUAGCCCUUUAACCUCUAAAUACGAAUCCCAUGUGAUCAGGCUUAUUCUGCAGUUUAAUUGCAGUUCUUGUGUUACUAAGAGGUUGUUGUUCUGCUCAUAGCGGACAUCUUACAGGCCAACGACAGCCUGACACAGGUCAUCAACCUGUACAGACAGCUGGUAAAGGGAGAGGACGUGUCGAAAGAUGGUGCAGCUGCAUCCUCACAGCCUGGUGAGUGUGAGUCUGUUGGCAAACUGUAUGCUCUUUGUUAAGAAUAUAAAAUCACACAUGGUUGUUCUCUGUUUAAAUCAGCCGGCAGUAGCUCAGCACUUGUUGAUCUGAUGGGGCUUAAUGCAUUGGAUAGCACAACACCCUCCACCCUGCAGACCCUGACUCAGAACAUGGGAAUCAGCCUUCUGGAUGAUGAACUCAUGUCGCUCGGUAAGCACAAACUCACUCACAUGGCUCGUAAACACCGGGGUGGAUUACCAUGCUUAACUUUUUAACAAGCCACGAAGCACAAGUCAGCAAAGUGAGCGCAGCUCAGUCUACUCAGCACAGUUACACCUUGUUUCCAUUGGCCCCCUGACUGGUUAGCCGUCUAAAUCCCAUCAUCCUUAGAGGCAGGCCACAUCUGGCUAAACCACAACAAAGCGACACACACAUUCACAGCUUUUUUUUUUUUCCUUUAGCCAAGAACGAGACAAACUUCGAGAGGAGCAGCGAAUUGUUUGCAUUAUGAAACUGUGAUCAAGUUAUAGAAAUAGUUAAAAACAAAAAUCAAUGUUUAUACCAUCAACAAUUAGAACAACCUUAAACUUUGCUCUCACUUGUUUUUUGAGGCCUGAAUGCAACGGAAAACUGUGACCUCCAGAACGUCCUCCAGGUACAUGUUGUAAGAUAAUUCUGAGAUCUGUUUUGAGUCAAUCUUUAAGUGUUUUCUCUCAUAACACUUUUGCAAAAAAACUGUUUGUUGGAUUUCUACAGUGUUGAACCUUUGACCCUUUUCCCUCAGUCCUCUGUCGGCACAGAAGCAACUGCUCCACCGCUCCCUGCCGCAGUGCUGCUACCGGCUGUCCAGACGCAGGCUCCGCCAGUAGCGGGGUCCGUUGCUCCCAGUAAACCUAUGGAAGAGUUGGAACUGCUUGGGAGGACUUUGUUACAGCAGUCCCUCCCUCCAGAGAGCCAGCAGGUCAAAUGGUAAACAGACUGUGUCUUGUUUGUUGCUCUGUCUGUGUUGUUUGGUGCUACCACCAUUAAACUUCUAUUUUGUAUUCUUCAAUAUGCAGGGAUAAACUGCAGCCACAAUCCAGAGUCAGCUUACGAGAUCUGCAGAAGUCCAGCAUCAACUCGAAACCUGCGCCAAAUGCAACCACCACUUCCUCUGGUCCCGUUACCGCCCCUUUAGGACCCACAUCCACUCUGGAAAUCCAGCCAGAACAGCCUGACACUCUUCUCCUAUCCGGUCUCAGUCUCACAGCCGCCGAGAAAGGCUCACUCGCUGUUGCUGAUCCCUACGACAACAUCUCUCUGGCUGAGGUUACAGUGCCUCUCGAAACAAUCAAACCUAGUAAGUAAAAAGCAAUCAGACCGGUCCUAACAUGUGAGCUGUUUUCUCCUCUUUAUUACUCCUCAUCACAUUAAAAAUUCUGUUCUUCUCUCUUCUCUACAAAUCUUCAGGCAGCUUAUUACCAGUUACUGUAUUUGAUAAACACAGUCUCCGGGUUUUGUUCACCUUCGCCCGUGACUGUCCUCCGUCCCGCCCAGACGUGCUCGUGGUGAUCAUCUCCAUGCUGUCAUCAGCUCCCAUUCCUGUCACUCACAUUCGCUUUCAGGCAGCGGUCCCAAAGGUAAAGUGUUAUUCCACUCAGUUAAGAUGUUAUCAUGUGUGAUAACUAGUUGCUGCAGUUUUAUGAUCAUAUGUCUUGUUGCCUAGGUGAUGAAGGUAAAGCUGCAGCCUCCCUCUAGUAUGGAACUCCCAGCCUUUAAUCCCAUCCUUCCUCCAGCUGCCAUCACACAGAUCCUGCUGCUGGCUAACCCUCACAAGGUACUCUGCCGCUUUAUCCAACGGGUUUUCACGAUCUCACAGAGAGUCUGCCUUAGUCUGGAGUGAUUCCUCAAUACACUGGAUCCUUUUUGAUUACUUUUCCUGAAAUGUCACUCAAAAAAACGAUCACAUCUCAUGGUCAGGGCACAAAUGAUUCAGUACGACUUAAUACUUGAGCCUCAGCAGCUUCAGUUUUUACUAAUUACUUGCUAACUAGGGCUGUGAUCAUAGACGGUAUAUACUAUGGACAACUUGGCUCCGCCUUCCGCCAGUAAACGGAUUUGGAGCCGAAAAGCUCUCGGUAAUUCCACGUUUUUUCUCCACUUCCUAAAACCAACAUUGUGCAGUAGCAUCAUACGCAUUUGGCGGGAGAGUCGCUGUGAUGACGCUCAGCUCAAACAGCAUAUCCCCCAGUUGAGGUACGCCCAUAGGCUGUAUCAAGUGUCAAUCAAAGAAAACAUUAACCCCCUAAUAACUUUUCAAAACAUCAUGUCAACAUCGAACCAGGGGGGAGAAAAAUUUAUUUUCUGUGUAAUUCAUUUCUAAAGUUUGUCCACAGCUUCAUAGAGAUUGCUGGAGGAGGCGGGAUUUAUGACCUAUACUGCAGCCCGCCACCAGAGGGUGCUGUUCUCGGAGUGGCUUCACCCAGCGAGGAGGCAGACGGCGCCCAUUCUAUAUACGCUCUAUGGCUGUGAUCAACCAGAGAAAUUCUUGAUCGAUUAAAACCCUAAAAUUUUCGACCAAAAAUCAACUAAUUUGCAGACUCUGACGGCAAACCGUUCUGUGGUGGGGGGAUGACGUGGCUCGGCGGAGUGAAAAAUAUACCGAUAUCACCACAAAAAGGCAAUUUAACACGAUGAAAGUUGAAACACUCAAAAUAAAAAUAAAUACUCAGCAAACCACCACCGGGCGUUGAUUAACUUGGACGCCUUAAUCUUCCUGUUUACAGUCGGUCCCCAGUUGGUUGGGCGAAUCCAAAAUGGUGAAAACAAGGGGGGGGGGUGUUCUGAAACAGGCUGUUACCUGUGAAACGGGGGUGCUCUAAAAACACCCCCACUAGCACUUGGUGCAAUCCUCCUGAUGAAAUUAACCACAGACUGUAAAGUGACGUGGAAAAAUGUUGAGUUGACCAAUCAAAAUUUUGGUCGACUCAGCACGUAUCGACCAAUGAGUCAACCAGUUGACCAGAACUUUACUGCCCUAUUGCUGACAGGAUGUUUUUUAAGCCAAAGCUCAUGAUACAUUUACAUUAUUACUCUGUUAAGUCAAUGAAAAACUGAGAUCAAGAUUUGAUUUGUAUGUUUGGGGGUCUUACGGAUUAAAAGUACUUGGUGGACUUUACUGAUCCAGACUUUUCUUUUCCUCCAUUUUAGGAAAAAGUACGUUUACGGUACAAGCUGACGUUCAACUUGGGGGACAAAUCUCACGACGAAUCCGGCGAUGUUGACCAGUUCCCUCCUCCACACACCUGGGGGAACCUUUAGCGGGAACGGCGAACCUGCUGUCAUCCGAUCUGCUGCUGCUGCUGCUUCCUUUAGAUUUUGGUUGAAGCUGUCCCUCGUCGUCGUCGCUGGCCCGAGGCUCAACACCUUCGUCUCAAACUCUGGUUUGAUCGUACAAACUGACGAGAGACCGGCUGUGGGGAAUCAACUUCUAUCUUGUGCCUUCCUGUCCUUAUUCAAUUAUCUCUGCGGUCAUUGUCUAACUCGUCCUUCUUCCUAGAAGUGGUACACAACAAAUACUUUAAGCAAACUGUCUCAUGCAUUGAAUCAGUACAGUGAGCUGCGGGGUAAAAGUUGAGCCUUUUAGAAAACUGAAUGUGUUUGUUUGAUUCAUAAGAUCCAGCUGUUGUAAAGCAUUACAUUCUUUUUUUUUUAUACAAAAACCCUUGCACAGUGAAUAAACAUAUCCCACACUCUGAAUAUAUUUAUCAGUAAGGGAGUGAUCAGAGGAAGGAUGCGACAUAUUUGUCAAUAAUUCAAAUUGAAGCCUGUUAAGUGAUUGAAAGGGAGGGUCUUGAAUUUGUUUACAAGUCUGAGCAGUUAUUCAAACGGUCGGUGUUGGUGAUUCUCGAUGUUGAAAAUCUGGCGUGUUCAGUGGUGUUCAUGGUCAUAAAGCAUGAUGAUUAACUUAUAUGCAAACUCCUCCCAUGUUACUCCCGCGCUUACAUGUUCUUUUUUGUCGGGUACGGACCAACACUAUGAAACUUGAUGUUAUUGUCAUUCCGGUCAAAUCUUUGAAAUGUUUGUUUUUCUUUCUUUGAUCCAACUGGGACGGCUCGAAGGAAACAGAUUGAAUAUGUUGUUAUAUGCUGGAAAAGCCUUAGGAGAACCAAAUGGGUUUGUCCUGGUAGCAUAUGUGAUGAGUGGGUACAUUGUUUUUAAGUGCCGUCUGUGUUUUAGUAUCUGACUCAUGCUUUCAAUGUGUUCGGUUGUGUGUUUCUUAGCUGUGAAAGACCUCUCCGCAGCAGGAUUGACUUGUAGAGAAGCACCAAGAGCAUGAAGACGAGUUCAACCAUCAUUCAUUAUCUACAAUCCUUGUGCUUCUCUUACAUGUCAAAGGAAACCUGUGGAAAUCAACUUUGAAGGAAGGGCACUAAAUCUCUGCCCCGGUUAAAAAACAAAAAAAUGAAAUGUAUUUUUAAUUUCUGCACUUUCUUUGUCUUCAAAAGAUUUUUAUUUAGAAUUUAUUUCACUCAGGAUUUUGAUUUCAAGAGUUAUAUUACGCAACUUAACACACACUUGUUUAAAAUUGUGCACAUUCACUUUUUACAAUACAGUCUCUCUUUUCAUUUGCCACCUGUUCUUUGUUUAUUUGCCCAGAGGGACGUGUGUGGUCCUGAGGCGAGGCAUCCAGUUUGAUUCUACCAUAUGUGCCUGGGAUGAACCCUUCGAUUGUGUUUGUUCUGUAUAUAUUUAUACUGAUGAUGAGUUUGAUCUGUGUUUCUAUGAUCAGUACCUUCUCUGAGAGAGUAAUAACACUCCAUACGGGAUCGCAGAGCCAUCCUAACAUACGCGGUCUUUCGGUUGAUUGGACUAUAAAUUUGUGAUCACUUUGAAGGAUCUUAAAGAUUAAAAUAAAAUGUGAUUGGAGGCAGAUUGGUUCUCAGAUAUGCUUCGGAUGUACACCAUACUAAAAAUAUAGUGCUAAUAAUUCAACUCAUAACUGUCUUCUGUUAACAUGAAAGCAGACGUUUGAUUUAAAGAGUUAUAGAGCCAUCACACAGAGCAGCUGGUUAUUUCAACAGGCUUCUUUCUAACACUGUCAGUCAACUUUCCCGUGGUCACACAGGUCUGAGCUUGUUUUUUCUCUUUUACAGUUAGUGAUGCUUCAACCUUUUCUUAGACUGUAUAGAAGAUGAGCAAUAAUAACAACACAAAGUCCUCUCAGUAACCAUUUAAUAAACUGUCAUGGCUCAGAUGGUAGAUAUUAAACAUUUUCAGCCUCCAGCAUGAUUUAUUGUAAAGUUUGACCUCCCUACGAUUGUGUAUUUAUGUUUUUGCUGUUGUGAAAAAAAUGACUCCAAUAUGGAAGAGGAUUAGGGCCACUGGAAAAAAAAAGGUAAGAUAUAACUUUUUGAAAUUAUUAUUCUGAGAAAGAAGUGAGAAUUCUUAGAUUAAAGUCAGAAUUCUGACUUUAAUUUCAGAAUAAUAAUUAUAAUAUAUCAGACCAUUUUUUUUUUGGCCCUAAUCCUCUUCCGUACUCCAAAGAUGCUACUUCUUGAAAAUACUUUGAGCUGAUGGCUGAGUUUAUAUCCUACAGAAGCUUAUUCCAUUCACUUACAAAAAUAUAUAAAUAUAUAAAACAGCUCUGGUUUUCAGACUCAUUCAUUUUCUUUUUCUGAUUUUUGUUUCUUUGCUGUUUUUUUUUCCCCCAAAUUUUUUUUUUUCAUUUUUUUGGGCGAAUUUUUUGCCCUGUUUUUCAGGCAAUUUUUUUUUCUUUGGCUAAUAUAUAUAUAUAUAUAUAUAUAUAUAUUUUUUUUUACAAAAAAAAAUAGUCUGAAAAAAAAGACAAGAAAAAAAAUGAGUCCGACAAACAAAAAAUGAAAAUACUAUGAAAAAUGGGGAAAAUAGAUCGAAAAACAGAGCUUUUCCUUUUAAAGUAAAUUCAACAUGCUUAUGUAAUAUCCUCUAAUAUUUCAUCCUUUUGAUGGAGCCAAAAAGACUAAAAACAAAAGAGGUUUUUGUCUGAAAUGUACGGGGGCCCUGAGGUGCAAAACACAACUGCAAAUCAGAAAGUGCAAAACAAAAAGAAAACAUCUAACUACGUUUCUGGUUUUGGUGAAAGUCGUUGUGUUUUGUUUUUGUGUUUUCUGAGUCGCUGUCAUGUUUUGCACAUCAGGGCCACCAUAUAAAUGUGAGGGAAGUUCUUUCUGACUCCACUGAGACAUUAUUAAGGGUGUGUUACAUACACACACACAAUCAUGGAUUUUUAGUGUCUUCCACUCUCCCUUCACAACAUGCAAACUUUUGUUUAGUCUUACAGUAACAUGAUCAGACCCUCAGACAGACGAUACAGACAAUCUCUCUCACAGUAACAGGACUGGCAAGAUUUCGUAUAUUCGGGAACAAAUACGGUGUUGUGACACACCUUUAUAUCAUUGUAGAAGUGUGUGAGCUCCUCUCAUUUCAUUACAUCGUCUACACAACAGCAAGGACAUCCAAAUGUGUUUCAACAAAUAAACUCAAUUCUACAGACUUGUAUGACGUGUAAAUGAUGUGAUCAGGAAUUCAGUCAAAGUGGUUCAUCCAGUUUUGAUCAAUUUAUUUUUUCAAGAAAACAUUUAUAAAAAUAAGACAAUGACAGAAGAGGAAAACGAGCAACAAACUGCGAUUAGCUAACAAUUCUGAUGAAAAUGACUCUCAUGAUAACUGAGUAAAGCUGCUACAAGUGUGUAAAAAGACAGGAAGAACUAGAGACAUGCAUUACAAAAAGGGCUGAAGGCGGAGUUUAGAACAAAAACGGUCAAACUUUAGUUUGAAUGAUUUCAAAGUUAAAGGAAUAUCUUUUAAAGCUAGGAUGCAUUUGUAAGUGUUUGUCGACACCAAAUUAAAAUAAAUGCGAUAACUAUAAUACAAAGUUAGUGAAAAGUUAAGUUUGGAUAAAAGAAUCGGGGUCAAAGAUAAGUCAUUUGGUGUUUGAUAAAGUUAAGGUGAGACUCGGCUCUGGAAUGUGACGGUAACUUUAUAGUUUAACAGUUUUUGCAUGAUCAGCAUCCUCUAAUGUACCACAGAGGCCUCAUCGUGAGUCGAUUUUCAUUCUGACCAAAUCCUGACGAACAACACUUGAACGGUAAUGUUUUAUCGAUAUGAACUCAUUCCUCCACACGAGAUUGUAGAGUGACUGCUCAACGCAGAGCGACAGUCAAUCAAUGAAAAAAUAAUAAUGAGUAAAUUCUAGGUUUUCUUUUCUACAUGAAAGUUUAAUCCACUUAUACGGGGUGUAAGAAAAGUACAAAACAAACUGAGCCCUUAUCGCUCUGGAUAUACACCCUCUGCUACCCCCGUUUCUUGGGGAGGAAAAGAGUUGAUAAGUAAAAAUAAAGUACAAAUGAUCUUAGUGCUCCUGUCUUAUCAUUUUAUUUACGGGGAGGUGGAGGUCCGGGAGGAGGCGGCGGAGAGGAAAAUACAUAAGGUGCUUGCCCCAUGAAGCCCAUUAAAGGUGGCUGUGGUGGAGCAAACUGCUGAGCCAUCAGAGGCUGCGGCCCCCCUGAUGGUGGAGGAGGAGGUGGAGGGGGCUGGACGAAUGGACCCUGCAGCUGAUUAGACUGAUCCCGACCCCCUCCUCCGCUAGACUGGCCUGCGCUGCGGGAGUUGUAGCCCCCGCUGCUGCUGUAGCUCUGGUACUGGUCUGAGCCGGAGUUGUAGGUCUCCCUCUGAUCCCGGCUUCUGUCCCUGUACGAAGAAGAGGAGGAGGAGCGGUCUCCGUCACGGCUGUUGCGGCUGUCACGAUUAAAGCCGCUGCGGCUGUCUUUGCCGCCGCCGCCUCCUCCUCCGCCAGAGCGCAUACGGCGGUCGCACUCAUCCUGGUACAUGAGGUUGGGGUUGUUGGAGCUGCUGCCUCGGUAACGCAUCCUGCCCCCUGCAACGCAUCACAAACGCACUUUAUACACACAAUCAUACACUAAAACUUAUGUCACAGGGCUCCACGGUGCGACCGUUUCACUCGCAUUAGCGACUAAAAGUAGAUGUGUGUGAACUGUAAAAUGUAUUUAAGGACAUGUGUGCGAAUAAAAAAAAAAAAUCAGCCGAGGCAACAAAUGUUUUUUUAUGUAAAUACCGCGGUGAAGUUACUUUCAGGUUGGAUAUUCGAUGGACAUUCACUGCCGAUCUACCAGUGUCAUAAACUGGAAUAGUGACAGCAGCGCGGUUAAAUCUACUCGGCAUCCUCACUGUCAAAGUCAGGUGUUGAAUAAGGGACCGUCAAUAAAUUACCGGUUGAUGUUCUCGAAAAAAAGGCUGUUUUCCUUCAAUAGUUUUCAUGUCAUUUGACCAGUUGACCUAAAAUUUAUUUCAAUUAAUUUCAAAAAAAGACAAACAUUAUUUUAUCAAUUUUCGUUGUGCCCCUAAAGUUCUUUGUGUGCUUCUCCUGAAAAAAGUUAGUGCCAAGCCCUGUGUCAACCUCUCUUCAGGUCUGUUUCCUGGUAUGAUGGACGUUACAAUCCUCACCACCCCCUCCUGCGCCUCGUCCUGACUCCACCAGCUGAAGCAGUUUAGGAUUGAUGGCUUGCCGGGCCUCGGCCAACACCCGAACAAGAUCCCGGGCCUGCCGCAGGUUCCCCGGGGUGAAGAAGGUGUAGGCAGUGCCCUUGUUGGUGCUGCGUGCAGUACGACCGAUACGAUGCACGUAGUCCUCCGAGGAGUUGGGAUAGUCAUAGUUGAUGACAAACUUGACGUCUUCCACGUCUUUUUGGAAGAAGAAGGAGAAGUGGAAAUGUCACGAGAGGGAUAAAGCUGCAGGACGAGGAGUUUGUUGAUAGUAUUUAAAGAUGGAAAAAUAUAAAAUAUAAAUGAAGUCUUGAGUACUUACCUGUUUCAUAUGAUAUCCAAAGACUCAUUACAGAAACUCACCACUGUAAAACUCAUUUAAACUCUACAAACUGGAUUUGGACUUCAGGUUGUCAUGCUCUCUGGCCAGCACAACGCUGAAAUACUUUGGUUUGAUAAUCUUCACACCGGGAAUUUACAGUGUGAAGGCAAGAGUCUGUUUCUUAUUACAGAGACAUUGGGGCUCUGACAGCACUGCUGAUCAACAAGUACCUCACCCAGUCAAUCCACCAUCACCCAGGGAAUCACUGAAUGACCAUGAGCUGGCAUAAAUCUCUCUUCUUUUGACUUGAUCAUGAGCAGGAUGUAAGUAUCUUAGUGUAUGUAGAGCUAAUGAAGAAGUUAAAAGAAAGGGGUGGCGAAGUACUUACCCCCUUCAUGCAGUUUUAACAUAGGUAGUCGGUCCCCCCUUAUCAGUCCUGGUUUAUAGGGAGGGGCUGAGGGGGGAGGGAGACAGGAUUCAUCCCGUCCAGCAACGUUGGGUGGGAGCAGAACCAUUAAACCUCAAGAGAUAGACACAACGGCUGGUUCUGUUGCUCUCGCCGCAUUGCAGGGCCCUCCUCAGACCCUGGCCAGGACUGGAUCCAGACGAGCCCGUCUAACUCUCUCUCCCCUGUCUGUCUGCUCUUUGGAACGGACUGAUGGGCAGACAAACAGGCACCUCAGGCUGCUCCCAAGGAAGGCUCGUUGGAUUUACAAACAAUACUGCGCAGGGGGACCUGAGUUAGCCGAGUAGCAAAAGAGGGAUCAUAAUCCCUUUGCAACUAGCUGAGCUUCUACUGAGCUUAACGUGACAAAGUGGGCAGUGACAACAGCGCAGACUGUUACAGCUGCCGUGUGCUGCCAAACCCUGAGAGAGAAGAGGGGAAAAAGAACAAGGAAACGGUCAAGUCAAAGGCUUUUCAAUCAUCCCCUCUUCUCACAUUUCUCCUGCCAAAGAGUUCAGAUAUCAAAUUGGUGAUCCUAGCACUCCUCUUGGUGGAUCAGGGGUAAUGCAGCUGUCACUACUCAUAGGGAUCUGCAAAAGUGAAACCAAUGGAUAUUGUGAGCAGCAUCUUCAUUUUGACUUGAACUGACACUAUUGAAGGGGACUAAGGUAAAGGUCUGCAGGAUCAUCCACCCCACAACACCUUCUUAAAGGCAGCAUGCCGGAGAGCCCCGCGGUUGAAGGAAGCUUUUUAAACUGCAGUAACAAGAAACAGACUAUAAACCCAGCAGACCAGAAGCCUAACGCCUACAAACAGGACCGAGUAGAUGAUUUAAGAGGAAGGUCCUUAACUGGAGAUAUUUUGCAUGGUUGAUUUAUCACUAAAUCCUGAUGGACUGGACUUUCUGAGAGUUUCAAACUCUGUGUUGACUAAAGUUACUCAUAUCUUAAAAGUCCUUUAAUGUUACUGAGUAGGUUUGUCAGGAUAACAGUAUUUUGUACCUGUGAACCAAUAGAAAUUAAACAAUAACAGCACCUGUUUCAAUAUUAUGCUAGAAGAAAAAAAGGGUUAAAGGGUGUAGGAGUCAAAUAUGUUGAUGUGAUACCAUAAAAUGAGUUGCAGUUCACUUUGUAUGCCUUAGGUGUCGCUGUCCUAUUAUCUGGGGCUCAGGGAUAAAGGUAGCUGUGUCACUGUUGUGAGCAGGUGAUUGACCUGGAAGGGCAAAAGGUUUUUGAUCGAUGUGGGGCUAAAUGUGUUUUCUUUGUUCAGUGUUGCUCCAUAUCAAUUGCAAAAUGGAUCUAGGCGAUGUUCAUCACAAUAAAUUUUUGUUCGCUGCAUCUUAGGGACAGCAUCCGGGUUUUAAAUGAUCAUCAAUGACUCAUGGUAGAGUAAGAAAUCAGUGUCAACAAGGUUACUCUGGGUCAAGAAUCUCAGCAGCGUAGAGUAUCGACUUAGCUCCUACAAAAGGUUCAUGAUCUCUGUGGCACAUGGACCAUUUUCAGUCCCUGGCAGAAGUCUCUGGUUGGAGAUAUGAGAGUGGACCUUUUUUUUCUUCAUCGGCUUUGGUACUUUUCAGUACUUUCAUAUGUAAACAUAACAGGUGAUGUUUUUCUCUGAAUAAGUUACAUUUUCACUUUUUAUUGAAAGGAGACAGGAAACGUGGGGAGGACAGAGAGGGGGAGAACAUGCGG